AUGGCUGUCGAAAAAGCAUUAAUUUCUGCCGGCAUGGAUAUUCUAUCCUCUACGGUGGGCUUAGUGGCUGGCAAAGUUUACGACCAUUUAACAAAUAAACUCAAGGAUGGAGAUGUAGCGAAUGAAAAAUUGCGUCAAAUGAUUGUUCGAGAUUUGAACGACAUCAAGUCAAAACUCGAUUGUAUCUCGUUGAAAGAUCUCGGUGCAAGUUAUACUUUCCUAAGAGAAGGAGUAAGAGUGUUAAAUCUUGCUCUUGAUAAGUGGAAUGAAGAUCAGAAAGCGAGCGAGGGUCCAGCAGACGAAGCAACACGAGUGAUGAAUGAUACCGCAUCUGGUAUUUUGAACGCAGCCUUAUCACUUCCUCAAGCGAUUCAACGAUUAAAAAUCUCGUCGAAUAAGCGGUUCGCUGAUGCUCAAGAUCGUUUCAAGAAAUCUCGCGAGCGAGCUACUGACGCGUUCAACAACAAAGCUCUGAGCAUCAAAGAUCGAAUUAUGGCUUGCAAGUUACGUGUGGCAGCCAGUAUUCUUGAAUCAGGUCUUGAAGACCCGGAAGUCGCAAUUACUGCCUGCUUGUUGACACUCGAAGAGCUACAUGGUUUACCAGAAAUCCAAGAAAUGUUCGCAGUUUUUCUCAAGGGAGGACUGAAAUCAAUGCUGAAGAAAGCUGAACGUUUAGAAAACAUAAUGUCUGUUUUGUUCAUCAAUCAUGCUUUAUAUGAUUUCGCUUCCAAGUAUAGCAGUAAAUCUGCCAACCCAUUUACCUGGCCUGAAAUAGAGUUGAAGGAUCGUACAUUUCAUCCAAUCCUAAACACACAUGAGAUUCUGACAAAGACGUCCAGUAGUGAAGAAUUUGUCCAACAACUGAAACGAGUGGUUGUUGAUUGGAGGGCCUAUGGUAAAUACUUAGCUGUGAAUAGCCGUGGUGAAAUUAUUCUACUAGAUAAAGACAAAAUCACGGUUAUUUACAACACAG